UUUUUGUUAAUUAUGAUUGGCCGUUCACAUCGGUCCUGUCCCCGACCACUGUGUGCUGCAGAGAUUCCAUUUUACAGCACUUGCUUUCCGGCAUUAAAACUUUUGUACAUUAGGGAGCAAACAAGGGCUUCAGCAGUCAUGGUUGUAUAGAGGCUUUUCUACUGGAAUCUCUGCUCUACAAAGAUGGACUUGGAGGAGCAAAAAGUGUCCACAGUCCCAGAGAAGACCUCGAGAUCAUCGAGUGUGACUUCGAAUGACAGUCAAGAUGCACAACAGAAAGGAGGCUGGGAGUUAAUGGAAAGCCUUCGGGAGCCAAACAGCAAUGUGCAGAGACCAAGUAAGCAAGAAGGCUUCCUGCUGAAGAGGAGGAAGUGGCCAAUGAAAGGCUGGCACAAGAGAUAUUUUCGAUUGGAAAGAGGGAUCCUAAUGUAUGGCAAAACAUUAGCUGAUCUGAAUAAGGGGAAACUCCGCGGCCGCGUUGACAUUGGUCUUUCUGUCAUGUCCAUCAAUAAAAAAAACAUGGGUAUCGAUCUGGACGCAGAGGACAGUAUUUACCAUCUAAAGGUAAAGUCACGGGAGCAGUUUGAUGGCUGGGUUUUACAGCUACGAAAUCACCGCAUAUUCCGUCAGAAUGAGAUAGUCAUGGAUCCUCAAGAGCGCCAUCUACACUCAGACUCCUCCUCACUCAGAAGGCAAGCUGUUCUCUCUAAACAACCUUCUGUCCUAUCAAAGAACACUUGGCCCCAGAGCUCAGAGGACAUGAAAAAGUGCUGCAGAGAACUGUCGGAGUGUGAAUCAUCUCUGCUAGAACUAAAUCUGCUGUUGAAGAAUAUGGAAGUGUUGCAUCGCACCUUCUCUGUGUCCACUAUAAACACAGUGCAGACUGAUGAUCCUAAGAAAGAAAAGAAAAGAACAAGGAGAUGGAGGUCUCGAACACAUCGAAAAAACAGGAAAAACUCUCUGCAGGCUUCAUCUACUCAGCUGUAUGUUUCCAACCCAAACUUAACACCAUCUGAACCUUGCGGUUCAGAGUCACAUCUAGACUCACCAGACUCACCUACUGAUGCCUCACAGUUACAGGAGGACUUCUGCAGGUUGGCCAGCACCGUGUGUGCCACCCUGAAAUCUACAUACACUUCUCUGUGUACAGAGAGAGACAGAGUUCGGUGCAGUCUGGAAUUAAAGAGCAUUCUUGAAAAGGACACGACCGACGGGCCCCAACACCUCCUGCAGCAAGUCUCAAAUGAGAUACGAGGCUCAGUACCUGAGUCACUGUCAGAGUUUGUUGAUGCAAAAGAGUACCUGCUUUCUUCCAGCUCUUCUGAGAUUGAGGCCUCCGAUAAUGACUCCUGCUUAAGUGACGUGAGUGAUAAUGUGUCAGUGGAGCUCUGUAGCAACGACACAGGGAUUGAGAAGGAUAACAUGGACAAAAGCAAGGUACAUCGGCGCAUAAGGCUACCAAGUGCUUGUGUGAGUGGGGGUGUGAAUUUAUGGAGCAUUCUGUCUGCCAACAUUGGGAAGGACCUCUCUAAGGUGGCCAUGCCAGUGCAGCUCAACGAGCCAGUCAACACACUGCAGAGACUCUGUGAGGAGAUGGAGUACUGUCACCUACUGGACACCGCUGCACACACACAGGACCCACACAUGCGCAUGGUGUACAUUGUGGCAUUUGCAGUGUCUAUGUAUGCAUGUACGUAUACCAGAGCAGGGAAAAAACCCUUUAACCCUCUACUGGGAGAGACAUACGAGUGUGAGCGUUCAGACAAGGGCUUCCGCUUCAUCUCCGAGCAGGUUAGCCAUCACCCCCCUGUGUCUGCAUGUCACUGCGAAUCCAAAAACUUUACACUUUGGCAAGAUGUCCGGUGGAAGAACAAAUUUUGGGGCAGGACCAUGGAGAUUGUCCCAGUGGGAACCAUCCAUAUAGUGUUGCCAUGCUUUGGGGAUCAUUAUGAGUUGAACAGGGUGACCUCCUGCAUCCAUAACAUCCUAAGUGGUGAGCGCUGGAUUGAACACUACGGUGAGAUGACCAUCAAAAACACAGCGACUUCAGAAGACACCAGCAUCUGCAAAGUUACCUUCCUCAAGUCUAAGUCUAGAAGCAUGAACACUAAUGAUGUAGAAGCAGUGGUGACUUGUCCUGAGGGCCGUGUGCUUCACUCACUGUUUGGUAAAUGGAAUGAGGCCUUGUACCUCGGAGACCCGCCUUCAGCCGUCUGCAUCUGGAGAGCCAACCCCUUGCCCAAGGACUAUGAGCAAUACUAUGGCUUCACUCAGUUUACUAUUGAAUUAAAUGAGCUGACUGAGAAUAUAAGUCCAUUCCUGCCUCAGACAGAUACACGCUUCAGGCCGGACCAGAGGUUGCUGGAGGAAGGAGAUAUUCCUGGAGCCGAAGAUCAGAAAGAAAGGAUCGAGUCACUGCAGAGAGAGAGAAGGAGAUUACUGGAGGAGAACAACAUGACUCACACUCCAAGAUUUUUUAACUGGUCUGAAGAUGACUCGUGGAUCACCAAUGGAACUUACUGGCAACUGAGGGAAGACCCGGGCUUCAGCAAAUUGGAGCUCCCUGUGCUCUGGUGACCAGGCUGGGACUUUCCUGUGCUUGUUUCCUGGGACCAAAUAUGGUUUUAUUCUGCUUUAAAGGGGCACUGAUACUUACUGCUGACACGCCUCCAUUGGCUUUUUAAUAAAAAUGAUAUUUGUCCAUUUAUUUUGCACAAAUACCACAGAUAAAGUACAAUGUUAUCUCUGUUGUUUGUGUAUAAAAUAAUGUAGGUAAAGCAGCAGAGAUAUAAAGAUGAUAAAAACAUCUUCACGAUACAGAGUCUUUCACAUAAUUCAUCAAUGCUGCACAUUCAGAUGAUGAGUGUGAUGCAGUUUUUUUGUGAAGUACACAUUUAAAUUGAAUCUACAUGAAACCUGAAACCACAAAAACAAUGAAGCAAUAAAAAUUCACUGUCCUACAUUUUA